UAACGCACGUGCCAAAACCCUUUCACCCUUCAUCUUCUUCUCCUUCUUCCUUCCUUCCGCGUCCAUCGGAGAAGACAGAGGGAAAGAAAAAUAAUGGGGAGACCUGAGAAAGAGAGGAAAGCACGCCAUACCUGAGAGCUUCGUGAAGAGUUGAAAACAUUUUAGUAAUAAUUAAUUAAUUAUUAUUGUCAAUUUCUGAUAAUAAUAAUAUAUUGUUAAAUUUAGGAAAGAAGAAGAUAAAAAAAAAAAGAGGUGUGGUGGUGGAGGUGUUUGAUGGAUGGGUGCUACUCACAGCACCAGCGUUAAUAAUAAUCAAUCUCAUUCUCAUUCUCAUUCUCAUUCUCAUUCUCGGAAUCAUUCGACCAAUACCUCUCGACAGUGUGGUGCGAGUGAUCGAUUAGCUGUCAGCAAUUUGCGGUCUCAGCUCACUACUAUUUAUAGAAACCACGAGGACGACGAAGAAGAAGACGAAGACGAAGACACCAAAGAGGAAGAAGCGAGAAGAUUCGCCCUUGUUAGAGAUUUUGAUUUGUCUGGUUUGAAGCCCAUUAGGGUUCCAAGAAGGAAUCAUAUUCUCAUGGAUCCUCAUAAAAAGGUUGCAUUGGAGACUGAGUUCUUUACCGAAUACGGUGAAGCCAGUCGGUACCAAAUCCAAGAAGUUAUAGGGAAAGGAAGUUACGGGGUUGUGGCCUCUGCAAUCGACACACACACCGGCGAAAAGGUUGCCAUCAAGAAAAUCAACGAUGUCUUUGAGCACGUCUCUGACGCUACGAGGAUUCUUAGAGAGAUCAAGCUCCUCAGGCUCCUCAGGCAUCCUGAUAUAGUGGAGAUUAAGCACGUCAUGCUUCCUCCUUCUCGCCGUGAGUUUAGAGACAUUUACGUUGUUUUCGAGCUUAUGGAGUCAGACCUUCACCAAGUUAUCAAAGCUAACGAUGAUCUUACGCCUGAGCAUUACCAGUUUUUCUUGUACCAGCUUCUCCGUGGCCUGAAAUUUAUUCACACAGCCAAUGUGUUUCACCGUGAUUUGAAACCCAAAAACAUUCUAGCCAACUCUGAUUGCAAGCUGAAGAUUUGCGACUUUGGACUUGCUCGUGUGUCGUUUAACGAUGCACCUUCUGCUAUAUUCUGGACUGACUAUGUCGCUACAAGAUGGUACCGUGCACCAGAACUUUGUGGCUCUUUCUUCUCCAAAUAUACCCCAGCCAUUGAUAUAUGGAGCAUAGGAUGCAUAUUCGCAGAGAUGCUUACCGGGAAGCCGUUGUUUCCUGGGAAGAACGUGGUGCACCAAUUGGAUAUUAUGACUGAUUUGCUUGGUACUCCUUCACCCGAAGCUAUCUCAAGGAUUCGUAAUGAAAAGGCGAGGAGAUAUCUCGGGAACAUGAGGAGAAAACCGCCAGUUCCAUUCACUCACAAAUUUCCUCAUGUAGACCCGUUGGCUCUUCGGUUGCUGCACCGCCUUCUUGCAUUUGAUCCCAAAGACCGUCCCACAGCUGAAGAGGCACUGGCAGAUCCUUACUUUUAUGGACUGGCAAACGUGGAUCGAGAACCAUCUACUCAACCGAUUCCGAAACUUGAGUUUGAGUUUGAAAGAAGGAAGAUAAUGAAAGAAGACGUCAGGGAAUUGAUCUACAGAGAGAUAUUAGAGUACCAUCCUCAGAUGCUACAAGAGUAUCUUCGAGGUGGAGAACAGACGAGCUUCAUGUACCCUAGUGGUGUUGAUCGGUUUAAGAGACAGUUUGCACAUCUUGAAGAACACUACGGUAAGGGUGAGAGAAGCGCUCCUCUUCAACAACGACAUGCUUCUUUGCCUAGAGAGAGAGUACCUGCGCCUAAGGAAGAGAACAGACCUGCAGCUUCUUUAGCCACUACUCCCGAGAGCCCUCAAAAUUCUCAACACGAGGGCUCGAAUUACAUGAACGGAAUGAGCCAGACGGGUUACAGUGCCCGGAGCUUGCUUAAAAGUAACAGCAUCAGUGCAUCUAAAUGCAUUGGCGUGAAACAAAGGAACCAGUCCGAGCACGGGGAAACGAACAAUGAUGCAAGUGAUGCUUUGUCUCAAAAGGUUGCGGCUCUCCACACUUGAUUGUGAUGUUAUGGGGAGUGAAACUUCUUGCUAACAGUAGGGGCUGAUUCAUAUACACAUCUCUCACAGUGAAGAGAAAGAAGAAGAGAAGAGUAGCAUGUGUCUCUAGUUCUGUACUGCAUACAUUUACAAACUAAUCUUUAUAACUUCUGAGAGACAUGAGUUGUUGUCUGAACAAAAGAAAACCUUAAACCUUCAAU